GAGUUCUUGCCCAACAAGAAAGGAAGUACCCACCCACCAAGCACGCGCACACCUUAUAAAUUAAAACACCUCUCAACGCAACAAAAUUCAGCUUAAAACUCUGCCCAUUUCUCUCCCGGUACCCGGUCAGCUGCAUCAUGAACGACGGCGACGGCCGCCAAGACGACACUUCACGAUCACUGAAUUUCGACAACCUGAAAGUUAUCUCCGCCCUGGGACGCGGCGCAAAGGGCGUCGUGUUCCUCGCGAGAACCGGUGACCGGUCUUCGAACGAGUGCUUGGCUCUAAAAGUGAUAUCCAAAGCCCUGAUUCUUCAGAAGAAGUUAAAGAACCACAAAAACGACGAUGACGAGUACACGAGGGUGUCGUUCGAGGAGGAAGUGCUAAGUCGUUUCGAUCACCCCCUUUUGCCGCGGCUACGAGGGGUUUUGGAAACUAACGGUGUUGUUGGGUUCGCCAUUGAUUACUGCCCCGGUGGCACCCUCCAUUCUCUCAGGAAGAAACAGACUGAGAAAAUGUUCUCCGAUGAUACCAUCAGGUUCUACGCUGUGGAAUUGACCCUCGCAUUGGAGUAUUUGCACAGUUUAGGAAUAGUGUACAGGGAUUUGAAACCAGAGAAUGUGAUGAUUCAAGAAAAUGGUCACGUAAUGCUCGUUGAUUUCGAUCUCUCCAAGAAGCUAAACCCUAAAUCCCUUCAAUGGCUGAAUCGCAACUCGUCGCCGAGUCCUAACUCGCAGAAACACACGGGGAAGCGACGGUUAUCUCGGUUCUACAGUUUCUGUAACUCGGGCAUUUCGCCUUGUGACUCUGACUCCGAGCCUCAACUCGGUAUUGACUCAGCGCGUCGUACUGAGUCUGACUCAGUGGAAAAAUCGAACUCGUUCGUUGGAACGGAAGAGUACGUGGCACCUGAAAUUGUCUCAGGGAAGGGUCACGGUUUCGGCGUUGAUUGGUGGUCACUCGGCGUCGUUUUGUACGAGAUGCUAUACGGAACGACGCCGUUUAAGGGUGAGAAUCGGAAGGAAACGUUUUACCGGAUUUUGACGAAGGAGCCGGAGUUAACCGGGGAGAAGACGGCGCUAAGGGAUUUGAUUGGGAGAUUGCUGGAAAAAGAUCCUGACCGUCGGAUUGAGGUGGAGGAAAUCAAGGGUCACGAUUUCUUCAAAGGGGUUAAGUGGGACACGGUGUUGCAAAUUGCAAGGCCACCUUAUAUUCCUCAAAAUGAGGUUGAGAACAAAGUGGGGUUUAGCAAAAACGACGUGGAAUUGUUCGUGGACGAGCUCUUUUUUCCUAAGAGCGAUGAUGGCGCAGAGAAAAUUGAAAAGGUCGAAGAAAAGAACGGUAAUGGGGAGAAUAAUAAAACGGUGUGGGUUGACGAUUUUAAUUACGCUCCCACUCAGAAUCAAGAUUUUUUAAUUUUUUGACUUUUUAUAUUUUUCAAUGAUAUUUUUUAAAUAUUUAUACUAAAUCUAAAUCAUUAAUACCUUUUGGGAUUUAAUUGUUAUAUAAUUAAAAUCGACCAUUGUCAAGAUUUGUAAUUUUGUUAAUUUUGGUUCUUGUUAGUCUCAUUAUGCGAAAGUUGCAGGCUAUAUAAAAGCAAUGAUUAAAAAUAUUUAUUUCUUAAAAAUUUCACACAAUAUGCGCGCAUUUUAAGGUAAUUUUGUCUUUGAUUCCUUUCUUUCGCUCCAAAUCCGAAGAACAUGUUUUACUUAUCAAAACAAAAAGGCUUUGGAAGAGGUGAUUAAAGCAAAAGGGUUCCUAUGAUUAAUUGAUUUUGAAUUUAAACCAUAAAACAGUUUUAGUAACUGUUCUGUCCCGUUUUUUCUUUCUUCGAGAAGGAAAAUAGGUUGAACAGAGCACCGUACUUGCCACUUCGUACAAGUUUAUAGUCAUUUUAGCUGAAAAUAACCUUUUGUUAUCAAAUUAACUAUUUUAAAAUAAAAUUAUGCAUUUUGUUAAGUAAUGCAUAUUUGUGAUGUUUACCUUGUUUCAAUGUUGUUUUGUACAAAACUAAAUUUCAAUUAAGUUUCUUAUAUUUAUG